AUGUCAGCCGUUAAGAUGACCGAGGGGAGUGUGCAGGUGGAGAGCUGCAAAGCGCCGCUGUUCUACAGACAGAGUGAACCUGCCGCGGGGGAAGUAAGGAUGUCAGUUUUACUCCUUCACGGCAUGCGUUUCUCAUCAGAAAACUGGCUCAACAUCGGCACUCUGGAGACUCUGGCCAAAGCAGGAUGCCGUGCGGUCGCCAUCGACCUGCCAGGACUCGGCAGGUCUAAAUCAGCCGAGGCCCCGGCAGCGGUUGGAGAACCGGCCCCUGCAGGUUUCCUGAAAGAGGUGUGCGAGCAGCUGAGCCUGAGCCCGGUGGUGGUGAUCAGCCCAUCCCUCAGCGGGAUGUACUCCCUCCCUUUCCUCCUCCAGCACCAGGCUCUGAUACGAGCCUACAUCCCCGUAGCUCCCAUCUGCACCGAGAAGUUCACAGCAGAGCAGUACCAGAGUGUAAAGGUCCCGUCGAUGAUCAUUUAUGGUGACCAGGACAUUCCGCUCGGAGAACUGUCACUGAGCAACCUGAGAAAUCUGGCCAACCACAGCGUGGUGGUGAUGAAAGGAGCGGGUCACCCUUGUUAUCUGGACGACCCGGACACUUGGCACAAAGCUCUCACUGACUUCCUUAAUACGCUGUGAAGCUCCUCUCUGUGUAUCAGUGGGGAGAUUAUCAACAAUCAUACAUAAAUGACUCAGAGGUGCCACACAAAGAAAUACAGUAAUUCAUUCUUGAGAAAUUUAUGCCACAAAACGCCUUCCUGCACGACCUGAUUUUUACUUUUUAAAGGGACUGUUUGUAUGAAUUAGAAAUGCUUGUUAACAGCGACACCUGUGGCCGUUAAGUCAACGAAAGUCAGCGUCGGGCUCGCGAUUGUGCUCGCUCUAAAUAGACAUGA